UGUCCAUAAACAUGUUUGCCAUGCGCCAUUGAAACUCAGGUCCGUUACGUCAUAUCCCAGCGACGGUCGCGUCUUCACCCUGCACCAUGGCCGAAUCCGAAUCUAAGAAGGUGAUUAAGUUGGUUCCUGAGUAUCUCCUGAAGAAGAGGAAAGCGUACCAGGCCAUCAAAGCCACACAAGCCAAGCUCGCCCUGCUCGAGAAGAGAAAGGUUUCAAAAGGCAAAGGCUUGAAGUUCAAACGUUUGGAAGACUUCCUGAAAGACAGCCACAAGAGGAAUCGGGAUGAAACUCGCAUCCGCAGAUUGAAAGUCAGGCCGCCUGCCCCUCUGCCUCCAGCGAAGAACCAGCUUGCCUUCGCUGUCCGCAUCAGAGAGAUCAAAGGUGUCAGUCCCAAAGUGAUGAAGGUGGUCCACAUGUUCAGGCUGAGGAAGAUCUUCAGUGGGGCCUUCGUCAAAAUCAACAAGACCUCCAUGGCCAUGAUGAGGUUGGUGGAGCCCUACGUUGCCUGGGGAUUUCCCAACUUGAAAUCUGUUCGUGAGCUCAUCCUGAAGAGAGGACAGACCAGGAUAGGCAGGAAGAGAGUUCCUCUCACAGACAACACCUUCAUUGAGCAGCACAUGGGGAAACAUGGCAUCAUCUGUUUGGAGGACCUGAUUCAUGAUAUCUACUCUGUUGGUAAGAGCUUCCGGGCCAGCAACAACUUCCUGUUGCCUUUCAAGCUGUCGGUGGCUCGUCACGCUGCCAGGGACAAGGCCAGGCUCCUGAAGGACCUGGGAAACCCUGGAUUUCGUGGUACAGACAUUAACAGUAUCAUCAGGCAACUGAACUGAGAAACGCCCCUAAGAUGCAAACCCAGCUGCAAGGAAGCUGGACUUCGAGAGGAGCAAAUGCCAUUGAUGACAAAAUAUUUUUUUUUUUUCUCUUUGGCUGAACCCCUCUGGUUACAUUCUCUGGACAUGGGGUGAUGUGAGAAAAGUGGAUUAUUUUAUCAUAUCCAUGUUGAUGUUGUUCAGCACUAUGUUCACAUAGUGCCCCUGACAGUGGUCUCAAGGCUCCUUGGUGAAAAUCUAACAAUAUUGUAUAUUAAAAUAUUAGUACACCAUAUUCUUCAUGUCAGAGGGAUGGAUUAGUACUUGCUACAAGUACAGGAACUGAACCGUACGAGUUGUCCUACUUACAGGAGCCACCAGCCGAACUACAACCGAUCAAUUUACUGCGUGAAAUUGAUUUCAGUGUGAAACGGUGUAAAUGUCUGUUAAACAUCGAUCAUUGAUCCAUAAACUGGUGAUUUACUGUUGAUUCACUUGUUUUUACAAUAAAAAAUCCAAACUGAUUCAAUA